GAUGAAAAAAUGGCAGCCACGCUGUUACCAACGGGUCCUGAUGGCUUACGGCAGUUCACUUGCGAAUCCUUGGCUGCCCUGGAGCAGAGGAUUGCGGAAGAGCAGGCCAAGAAUGCCAAGGAUUGCCACAAGAGUCUCAAGAACACAGAGCCAGCCAAACCCAGUGCUGACCUGGAGGCGGGCAAGCAGCUGCCGCGCAUCUACGGUAGCGUCCCUACAGAACUUAUUGGGAUACCGCUGGAAGACAUCGAUUCCUUUUACUUCAAGAACCACAGGACUUUUAUAGUACUUAACAAAGGCAAUACCAUCUUCAGAUUCAGUGCCACAUCUGCACUUUAUAUAUUUAGUCCUUUUCACUUCAUCAGAUCUAUCGCCAUAAGGGCUUUAGUCCACUCAUUGUUCAGCCUCUUCAUAAUGUUCACUAUACUCACCAACUGUUUCUUCAUGGCGAUGUCUGAUCGCACGUGGGCCAAAUACUUAGAAUAUACUUUCACAGCCAUCUACACAUUUGAGUCAGCAAUAAUAUUAGCGAGGGGGUUCUGUGUUGAUUCGUUCACCUUCCUGAGAGACCCUUGGAACUGGCUGGAUUUCACUGUCAUCGUCAUGGCAUAUGUGACAGAGUUUGUAGACCUCGGAAAUGUCUCUGCACUGAGAACCUUCAGAGUACUACGAGCACUGAAAACCAUCUCAGUUAUUCCAGGUCUAAAGACCAUUGUUGGUGCUCUGAUCCAGUCUGUGAAGAAGCUGGCUGACGUGAUGGUCCUGACUGUGUUCUGUCUCAGUGUGUUUGCCCUGAUUGGCCUCCAGCUUUUCAUGGGGCUCUUGCGACAGAAGUGCGUCCGCAGUGUUGUGCACUGUGUCAAUUCCUCUUCUAACCCCAGCUCUUCUUUCAUCUGCAACAACAGAACCUGGAGCUCCACAGCAGAGUUCCUCAGCAGUGAAGAUAAUUUUUACAAAGUCGAAGGAGCAAAGGAUGCCUUAAUAUGUGGAUAUGGAAGCGAUGCAGGGAAAUGUCCAGAUGGAUUUGAAUGCCUAAAAGUAGGGAGAAAUCCAAACUAUGGCUACACAAGUUUUGAUACCUUCAGCUGGGCUUUUCUGGCCCUGUUCCGACUCAUGACGCAGGACUGUUGGGAAAAAUUGUUUCACCAGACUCUGCGCUCAGCUGGGAAGACCUACAUGAUUUUCUUUGUGCUGGUAAUCUUUUUGGGCUCCUUCUACCUCGUCAACUUAAUCCUGGCCGUUGUGGCCAUGGCUUAUGAGGAGCAGAAUCAGGCCACCAUUGCUGAGGCCUGGCAGAAAGAGAAGGAGUUUCAGAUGGCAAUGGAACACCUCCGCAGAGAACAAAGAUUGGCAGCUAAAAGACAAGCACAUGAGACGGACUCUGUGUUGUCGCCGGAGUUGUCUGCGUUGUGUAUGAAGGCAGGAAACAUACGGCGAAGCAGCAGCAGACAGCGGAGAUCUCACAGGACCUUAUCAGCCGAAACAACGGAGGAGGUGGAUGAAGAUCAGGUUGAUCCGCUGGAGGAGCCAAUGCCUCCUCUGUCUCCUUUGCCAGUCCACCCUCUGCUGGCCACCUUCUCCUCUCACCCACUCAGCACAAGAAGACCAAGUCAGAACAGCAUUUUCAGCACUUUUCGUGCACGAAACAACUCAGAGGGUGACUUUGGGGAUGAUGAGUACAGCAAUUACGGGGACCCGUUCAGGAGUCGCGCCAGUUCAACAGCGACAGCAUGGAAGAAGAGGACAGGUAGCGUGCACAGCCACUGCUCCCAAGUCCUCAGUCCCAGCCACAACAUCAACGGCCGAUUCAACUUUUCCCUCGACCAGAACGGAGUCACCACAGUGAGCCUGCACAUCCCCACCUCCACCACCGCUUACAGCAUAGAAAAGGUCAAAGAUGACACACCCAUAUGUGAGGACACGGUUCCAAGAACGGUUCCCCAGCCUUCCCCAGCAGUGAUCGAGCCCCCAGUGCACAGGAAAAGAGGCAUGAGCUCUAUUAGCUUUCUCAGUGAUGCCAUGGAUGAACUGGAGGAGUCGAGGCAGAAAUGCCAUCCGUGCUGGUUGACAUUUGCCAAGAAGUAUCUGAUAUGGAACUGCUGCCCCUGGUGGCUGAUGAUGAAGGAGUGGAUCAAAUUCAUGGUGAUGGAUCCUUUCCUGGAUUUGGGUAUCACCAUAUGCAUUGUGCUUAACACCCUGUUCAUGGCACUGGAGCAUUACCCUAUGACUGAUGAGUUCAGCACAAUGCUCUCGGUUGGCAAUCUGGUUUUUACAGGAAUCUUUACAGCUGAGAUGGUGCUGAAGGUGAUUGCUUUGGACCCUUACUACUACUUCCAGCAGGGCUGGAACAUCUUUGAUGGCAUCAUUGUGUGCCUCAGUCUGAUGGAGUUGGGCCUCUCAAAUGUAGAGGGUCUGUCUGUCCUUCGCUCAUUCAGAUUGUUAAGAGUCUUCAAGCUGGCCAAAUCCUGGCCCACACUCAACACUCUCAUACAAGAAUCAUCGGCACUCAGUGGGCGCCUUGGGCAAUUUGACACUUGUGCUGGACAUCAUGUCUUCAUCUUUGCUGUGGUGGGCAUGCAGCUGUUUGGGAAGAACUAUCAAGACUGCGUGUGUAAGAUCUCCAUUGAUUUCAGCCUGCCUCGGUGGCACAUGAAGGACUUCUUCCACUCCUUCCAUGUGUUCCGAGUACUGUGUGGAGAGUGGAUCGAGACGAUGUGGGAUUGGAUGGAAGUAGCUGGGCAGCUCUGCAUCCUUGUGUUCAUGUUGGUCAUGGUCUUGGGAAUUUGUGUUGUGCUGAACCUUUUUCUGGCCCUGCUCCUCAGCUCCUUCAGCUCUGACAACCUCUCGGCUCCUGAUGAAGAUGGUGAUUUGAAUAACAUCCAAAUCGCCAUCGCACGCAUUCAUUCUGGCAUCUCCUUGUUCCUCAGAAACAUCGUUGACCUCUUCAGCAACUUCAGGCACCGACAACAGAAGGCAAAGGAAGCCAGUCAGGCCAUCACGCUGGUUGACAAUCAUGUGGAAAGCAACGGCGGGAUUUUUACCCACUACGGAGAGAAGUACAGAGAGAAGUACAUUCUACCAGAGCAGGACAGCUACCUGACUAAUUCCACCUUGACUGUCAUUGUUCCAAUUGCACCAGGAGAAUCAGAUAUGGAAUUUCUUGAGGAGGAGCAACUAUCAGAGUUGUCAGAAGAUGAGGAAAACAAACUGCAGAAGAUCAGCUUCUCAGAGGGCAGCACAGUGGAUCUGAGGAAUCCUGGAGAUGAGGUGGACAAUUUAUCUGCUUUUGCUGAAGAUAAAAUGGAACCAGAGGAAUGUUUCCCAGAAAUGUGCGUGAGACACUGUCAGUGCUGUGACAUCAAUACCAGCCGUGGACUCGGACAGGCCUGGUGGAGGUUGAGGAAGACGUGCUAUCAAAUUGUGGAGCACAGCUGGUUUGAGACCUUCACCAUCUUCAUGAUCCUGCUUAGCAGCGGCGCUCUGGCAUUUGAAGACAUCUACAUUGAGCAGAGAAAAGUCAUAAAGGUGGUGUUGGAGUAUGCAGACAAGGUCUUCUCAUAUAUCUUCGUACUUGAGAUGUUCCUUAAGUGGAUUGCGUAUGGUUUCAAGAAGUAUUUCACCAACUACUGGUGCUGGCUGGACUUUCUUAUUGUGGAUGUGUCCUUAAUAAGCCUGAUGGCAAAUUCUCUUGGUUAUUCUGACUUUUCUGCCAUUAAGUCACUGAGGACCCUCCGAGCUCUGAGACCUCUGAGAGCUCUGUCUAGAUUUGAAGGCAUGCGGGUGGUCGUGAAUGCUCUCAUAGGAGCCAUACCAUCCAUCAUGAAUGUGCUGCUUGUGUGUCUUAUCUUCUGGCUCAUCUUCAGCAUCAUGGGAGUCAAUCUGUUUGCCGGGAAAUUUGGGAAGUGUGUGAACAGAACAGGCUUCAUCCACAGUGUCUUGAUGAUCAACAACAAGUCAGACUGCCUAGCCAUGAAUGACACACAAUUCUACUGGACGAAAGUGAAGGUCAACUUCGACAAUGUAGGACUUGGAUAUCUCUCCCUUCUGCAAGUGGCUACAUUUAAAGGAUGGAUGGAAAUCAUGCACGCGGCUGUUGAUUCAAGAGGAGUGGAGGAACAGCCAGUCAGAGAAAUCAACCUCUACAUGUACCUGUAUUUUGUUGUCUUCAUCAUAUUUGGCUCCUUCUUCACUCUCAAUCUCUUCAUCGGUGUCAUUAUUGACAAUUUCAAUCAGCAGAAAAGAAAGUUAGGUGGACAGGAUAUCUUUAUGACCGAAGAGCAGAAGAAGUACUAUAAUGCGAUGAAGAAGCUGGGAUCCAAAAAACCUCAAAAACCAAUCCCAAGGCCUACGAACAUUUUCCAAGCCUUCUUCUUUGACCUUGUAUCCAAACAAGCCUUCGACAUCAUGAUCAUGAUGCUCAUCAUUGUUAACAUGGUGACCAUGAUGGUGGAAACCGAUGAGCAGUCGCCACAAACAGAGUCCAUCCUCAACAGGAUCAACCUCGUCUUCAUCGUGAUCUUCGCGACCGAAUGCCUGAUUAAGAUCUUUGCCCUCCGUUGUUAUUUCUUCACAGUAGCAUGGAACAUCUUUGACUUUGUGGUGAUCAUUCUUUCUAUCAUAGGGAUUGUUCUUGCAGAUAUCAUUGAGAAGUACUUUGUAUCUCCGACCCUAUUUCGAGUCAUCAGACUGGCUAGGAUAGGACGAGUGCUUCGACUUAUACGUGCAGCCAAAGGAAUAAGGACUUUACUCUUUGCCUUAAUGAUGUCCAUGCCAGCGUUGUUUAACAUUGGCCUCCUGCUGUUCCUCGUCAUGUUCAUCUAUGCUAUUUUUGGAAUGGCAAAUUUUGCCUACAUCAAAAAACAAGAUGGGAUUGAUGACAUGUUUAACUUUGAGACCUUUGGGAAUAGCAUGAUCUGCCUUUUUCAGAUCAGUACCUCGGCAGGCUGGGACAACCUUCUGAGCCCGAUAAUGUCAAGCCCCCCUGAGGAGUGUGACAUUAACUUUGUUAAUACAGGCACUAAUACCCGGGGAAACUGUGGCAACCCCUCGGUAGGAAUAGCUUUCUUUGUCAGUUACAUAAUCAUAUCUUUUCUCAUUGUGGUGAAUAUGUAUAUAGCUAUAAUUCUGGAGAACUUCAGUGUUGCCACAGAGGAAAGCACAGAGCCACUGAGUGAGGAUGACUUUGAGAUGUUUUACGAAGUGUGGGAGAAGUUUGAUACUGAGGCCACCCAGUUCAUUGAGUUUUCCAUGCUGUCAAACUUCGCAAACACUCUUUCUGAGCCUUUACGCAUUGCCAAGCCCAACAUGCUCAAGUUGAUUUCCAUGGACCUUCCAGUGGUCAGUGGGGAUAGGAUCCACUGCCUGGAUAUCCUGUUUGCCUUCACCAAGCGAGUCCUGGGAGAGUCUGGUGAGAUGGAUGCUCUCAAGCAGCAAAUGGAGGAGAAAUUCAUGACUACCAACCCCUCUAAAGUUUCUCAUGAGCCCAUCACUUCCACAUUCCGCCACAAAAUGGAGGAGGUGUCCGCUAUCAUCAUCCAGAGGUGUUAUAGGAGGCAUCUAGUGUGCCGACAGAUGAAACAGGCAUCCUACCUCUACAGACAAAUCAACUAUGAAACUGUGGUGGAUGUGGAGAAUGCCCCAGAAACAGAGGGCUUGAUAGCAUCCAUGAUACAGCACUAUGGACCCGUUAUCAUGGAGGAUACACAGACAGUGGAGGCGACCCUGAUGUCCUCACCACCAUCUUAUGACAGUGUGACAAGAGCAGUAUGUGACCUGCCAGAGAGUAUGGCAUUAGUAUCUAAAGACUCUGAACCAGGGAAGCCUGGCCUUUCCAGUGAUGGCUAUGAGGAUACUUUUCUCUGAGACUUGACUGUGUGGAGAGCAUUUG